AUGCCGGAGGCUCCGCGUGCUCGGGAGUUGCUUCAAUUGCAGACAUUGCUCGCCGACCGAGACGGGGACGGCGCCCUGGAUGCAGGGGAGUUCGCCCUAGCCGCAGCUCUGGCAGAUCGCCGGCGUCAGGGCUACAGCCUGCCAGACGUGCUCCCGCCGGAAAUGCUGCAGGCCAUCGGCUUCGGAGGCGAGUCCGACUGGGCCAUGGCAGCCGAGGACCUGCAAAGAUACCGCGACAUCUUUCAGGGCCUUUCUCUCCAACGAGAUGGUCACCUGAAAACUCGCGAUGCUUGGCAGGUCCUGGAACGCUCUGGGCUCCCUACAGAGGAGCUGUCGGCUGUACUGCGCCUCGUUCGUGGUGACAAGGAUGGGGCGCUGACCUUCAGUCAGUUUGCUUGCUCGCUGCAUCUUCUGGCCCGCCGCCGCGCCGGCGCACUGUUGCCCUCGUCACUCCCGGAGGAGCUUGCUGCGUUGGGCGACCUGAGCACGCCCGUUCGCCGA